UGCCUGCAGAGCAUGAGAGAGCACAGUUCUACUGUUUCCAUUUGCUGUUAACAUGUGGAACUGAGGUGAAACAGUGCUCCUUAAUUUUACACAUUUGAUAACGUUUGGGAAACAGGACUCAGGUCAUCGAGAUGAAAGCCCUCAUCUUUGCAGCUGCUGGAGUAAUGCUUCUGUCGCUCACUUUUUGUCAAAGCGGUGUGGAAAAUGAUUCAGACAACUUGGCAGAGUCAAUGUCACCUAUUAAGACCUUUCGUGGAGCCCCCCCAAAUUCUUUUGAAGAGUUCCCUCUUUCGGCCAUAGAAGGUUGGACGGGAACCAUAAGUGUAAAUAUUAAGUGCCCUGAAGAAAGUGUUUCAAAUCUCCACGUCAGUAAUGCUACCAUGGGGUAUCUGAGCAGCUCCUUAAGUACCAAACUGAUACCCGCCAUCUACAUCCUGGUGUUCGCAGUAGGUGUGCCAGCCAACGCAGUGACCCUGUGGAUGCUCUUCUUCAGGACCAGACCGAUCUGUAUGACCGUCUUCUACAUCAACUUGGCCAUUGCAGAUUUUCUUUUGUGUGCCACACUGCCCUUUAAAAUAGCUUACCAUCUCAGUGGGAACAACUGGGUAUUCGGAGAGUUCAUGUGUCGGGCCACCAUGGUCAUCUUUUAUGGCAACAUGUACUGCUCCAUUCUGCUCCUCACUUGCAUCAGCAUCAGUCGCUACCUAGCCAUUGUCCAUCCUUUCACUUACCGGAGGCUGCCCAAGCGCACCUAUGCCUUGGUAACAUGUGGAUUGGUGUGGGCUACAGUUUUCUUAUACAUGUUGCCAUUUUUCAUCCUGAAGCAGGAGUAUUAUCUUGUCCAGCUGGACAUUACCACCUGCCAUGAUGUUCACAACACAUGCGAGUCUUCAUCUCCCUUCCAACUCUACUACUUCAUCUCCUUGGCAUUCUUUGGAUUCUUAAUUCCAUUUGUGGUCAUUAUCUAUUGCUACACAGCCAUCAUUCGGACACUUAAUACAUAUGAUCAUAGAUGGUUGUGGUAUGUUAAGGCGAGUCUCCUCAUUCUCGUGAUUUUUACCAUUUGCUUUGCUCCAAGCAAUAUUAUACUUAUUAUUCACCAUGCCACCUAUUAUUACAACACUGAUGGCUUAUACUUUAUCUAUCUCAUAGCUUUGUGCCUUGGUAGUCUGAAUAGUUGCCUAGAUCCAUUCUUUUAUUUUCUCAUGUCAAAAAUUAAAGAUCACUCCACUGCUUACCUUACAAUAGUGAAAUCACCUUAGAGAACAAGGAAAGCUAUUUGUGAAAACAUACAUUCAUGGGAUAACAUGUGCAUAAGUGCAAGCAGUUCUAUUCUCUAGCUCCACUUUUGAGCUCCUAAGAGAUAGUGCUUCAAAAUAAAACAUUACAAAAGCAAUAGCUUUUUAAAAAUCUUCAUCAGUAUUUUAAGAACAUCAGUGCAGGAGAAAAGAUAUCACCACUCUCUUACUGGCAGCUGACACAUUUGCCUGACUCGUCCUUCAAGCUCUUUAUAUCGCCAUCUUCCCUACUUCGAUGAGGUUAUUACUUUACAUGACUUGAAGGAGAAUGGGACAAGGGUGCAGCAUGGGGAGAAGCUAAGAUCACCAGUUUUCACAGUAACUGGUGUCAAUUUUGAUUCUUCAGCCUCUCAUGUUGAUGGCUGCUUCAUUAGCUGAUGCUAUCUUUGUAAUGUCUCUCACUAGGAUCCAUCGUCCUAGUUCCACCUUCCCCUUCCAGCCACUCUCUUUACGCCAGCCUAUCUAUCCUCCAUUUUGUGGGCCACUGCCAGAUCAUUCUUGCUCAAAUAUCAGUUUGAAUACAUCAAUCAAAACCCCCAGCUCAAAAACCUCCAUUGUCUCGCUACUGCUUUGGAACAAAUCUUCAGCUUGGCAUUCAGGGCUAACUUUUUAACUUUACUUCCCAAUAAACCUUGCCUGUGAUAGAGGUACUCGCCAAGCUUCUUGCUUUGCUGUGAUUUCUUCUCUCUCUGCCCCUGCCCCUAACUGGAAAACUAUUUGUAACAUGUUUGCCUUAAUCCUUUCCAUCUCUUGAAGUCCUCGAAAGACUAUUCCCUGAUUCUCAAGCUAGAAGUUCAUUUUACUAAUCUGAACUUCCACAGCAUUUUCUUGUGUUUUCAUUACAGCACUUACACACUCGUACAGUUCAUUUAUACACAAGCGUUAAUUCCAUAAACACUUAAGCACUACGUAUAGUAGAGAAGGGCUCGUCCUCUCCCUUCUUUAUGCUGCUGGUAGCAACCCCAGGUCCAGGUCUCCUCACGGUCUAUGGGGCUCAGCUCCAUGUUUUAUGAAUCAUGUGGUCAAAUGAAUGAAAGAAUAAAAAUCCCAAAGCGUCUUAACAGCAUGAAAGCCCACUAAAUUCAUACUGAGAAAGCAAGGUACUCUGUAUGACAUGAGACAAUAUCAUUUUUGGUUGGGCAUGUAAAAAAAGAAAAAAAAAAGGAAGCUAAGUUAAGAAUACACUCUUAAAGUCAUUUAGAAGUUUAAAAUAAUGCCUCCAUUAUUUUUGUCUCUUAAACAGUUUUUAAUGGGGAAAUGAUAUUUUGUUAUAAAUGCCCAUUAUCUUCCUGUAUUUAAAUGAGUCUAUUUCCCUUAGUUUAGGGAUUAGACAGGAAGCAGGCUAUUAGUGAUUAAGGGCAUGAAGGAUGCUGAGAUAAACUUGCAAGUCUGU